AUGUCGACAGAAGGAAAGCCAGCCGUCCUGAUCAUAGGCGGCCUGGGCUACAUCGGACGAAACCUCGCAAAGUACAUACACGACCACAACCUCGCCUCCGAGGUCCGUCUUGUCGACAAGCACCUGCCCGAGCUUGCGUGGCUUGCGCCCGAAUUCAAGGAAGCAUGUGCGCGAGAGCGCUUCAUGCAGGCGGAUGCCGCACAAGAGCGCUCGCUGGCCCGUAUCUUCGACCGUGAAGGCGGCGAAGAAUUCGACUUCGUCUUCAACUGCGGCGGCGAAACGCGCUUCUCACAAGACGACAAGGUCUACGAACUCCGCUCCUAUGCCCUCUCCAUGACCGUCGGCCGCGAGGCAGCAAAGCGCAAAAUCCGAUGCUUCCAGGAGCUCAGCACAGGCAUGGUCUACAAGUCCGAGCCCGCGCCGCGCAAAGAGACCGACAAGCUGAAACCGUGGAACAAUCAGGCAAAGUGGAAGCUCAAGGCCGAGGAAGAUCUGGCAAAGGUCGACGGUCUGAAUCUCAUGGUUAUGAGGGUGGCGCAUGUCUAUGGACCCUACACGAGCAAGUAUCUCUGCACAACGCUGUGUAUGGCAAGGGUGUAUCAGAGCAAGGGAAAGGAGAUGAGGUGGCUGUGGAAGGAAGACCUACGCACGAACACAGUGCACGUCGACGAUGUGGUAAGAGCGUUGUGGACUGCGGCCGAGUGGUACGUGAGGCAGCCAUCGCCAAAGAAACCGGCGCCUAUCUACAACAUCGUAGAUCACGGAGACACCACACAAGGAGCCGUUGCAAAGAUCAUGCAUGACGUUUUCAACAUCGAGACUGGCUUCCACGGCACACUCAUCUCAGCAUUUGCGCGGCUGAACAUGGACCACGUAGUCGACGAUGUCAACGAUGAUACGCUAGAUCCGUGGGCAGAGUUGCAGAACGCAGCUGGAAUCAGCCAAUCAACCCCACUGAGUCCUUUCAUGGAGAAAGAGCUGUUGAGGGACACCGAUCUGAGCAUGGACGGCAGUGCAUUUGAGAGGGAUGUAGGAUUCAAGUACACACACGAGAGACUCACGAAAGAAGGCGUCGAAGAAGUGAUUGAAAGCUACAAGAGGCAAGGCUGGUGGCCAUAA